CCCAAUCACGUUGAUCCAAAAUCUAUGGCCAGCUCCUGGCUUGCUCCACUGCCGCCCUCACCAGAAGGAAGUUGGCCCUCGAAACGUCGUCAUAGGGCGCUUUCGUGCAGACAAGACCUCAAUGGCGAUUGCUGGUGGCCGGACGACCUGUUUCUCGCUCUCUUGGACUAGCAGGACUUUUGCUAACUGCCCAGUGCGAUCUCGGCGCGAACCGGUCCUACUGCACGUGGAUAGGUCCAAAAUGAUCGCAAAUCCAGCUUCAAAGUUUUACAACCAGUGAACAAUGUCUUCAGAGUCCUUCCAGAUCAUCUCCACGCUGCGCUACGACCCCUACCUUCCAGAUGUAGUCUCUCAGCGCGGUGCAAACACCUAUCCUGAUCCGCUCGUCACCCCCUACUACCUCCUCCCCUACCAUCAGGACCGACUCCGGAAUGCCGCUCGCUACUUCAACUGGGACAAUGCAUCCAAGUUCCUCGAGCAAGACCUCGCCCAAUUUGCCCGCUAUCUUGAUACGUUUAUUCCGCAUAAAGGGAAAUGUUGGCGCGUCCGAUUAGUCCUCGAUAAGAACGGGGAGUGCAAGGUCGAGGCCAACCCUGCCGCACGGAUCGAAUUGGAGAAUUUCCUCGUCCCGUUCAUAAUCAGCCCUGCCUCUACACCAUGGCGUGUCUUCAUCGACACCGCUCCUACGGCUCCAUCGGGACUCACAACCCACAAGACCACUGCGCGCAAGGACUACGCGGCUGCACGGGCCCGGGUGGGGAUUGCGUCGCCGCAGGAUACUGCCGAGGUGCUUCUGGUGAACCCGAACGGCGAGAUAAUGGAAGGAAGUAUUACGACACCAUAUUUCCGACGGCGUGAGGAUACGAGACAAGAUGAGCCCGAAUGGAUCACACCCCCGCUGUCAAGUGGCGGCAACGCAGGGACAAGCAGGCGUUAUGCUCUAGCCCAAGGCUUCUGCACCGAACAGAUAAUUACAGCCCGCGACCUCAUUGAUGGCGAAGUCUGUUUGUUGAGCAAUGGGGUGAGAGGGUUCUUCCUUGGACGGACCAUGCUCAGGGCAAGCAAAGCUUAGCUGCAUGCUCGCGUGCAGUUGAAUGGUCUCCAGCUAAAGUUUUAAUUUAAUUGUCUUUUUGCUUAUUGUAUUAUUGAAUGAAAGGUUGGAGACGGCUAUUUUAAGUUUGUUUUUUAUACUCAAUACAGAACCCUUUGCCUUUCGACGCUGUUUCAGUACGUAGUGGGUUCGUCAAAAUAUAUAAACUGUGAUGGUAUAUUCUGCAGGACACGUAUCAAUGGUGGUUUGACAUGGGGCGAUUUCCACAGUUCCUUUGCUCAUUUUCCCGUAUAACCUGAUUUCAACCUUGAAUCAUAACUCGAUCGCCUCCUUGAGACAGGCAAUC